AUGGCGAAGCAGAAGCUCAAUACUGGUGUUCAGAACAAGAUCAUCUACUCGAGAGCAUCGUAUCUCUAUCAGGCAGCCGACUAUCUCGCCAGGCGUGCCCGUGAGGGCCAGCACCCGCCAGACAACCAGGCUCCAGAGGGCAAACAGGCGGUUCAUGGAGCACAAAUCGAACAACGGCAAAAGGCCAUCGGGAACCUGUCGCGUCAGGUCAUCUGCGACAUGAGGGCUGUGUCUCUCAAAGCUCAAAUACGUCAAGGGACGUCGCUGAAGCGUACAAUCUGCAAAUUCUGCGAUACGCUCCAGAUCGAGGGUGAAACAUGUCGCUCCGUCAUCGAGAACCAAAGCAAGGGUGGCCGCAAGCCAUGGGCUGAUGUGCUGGUGAUCAAAUGCAAUACCUGCGGCAAUGCGAAACGCUUCCCAGUCAGCGCCCCGCGGCAACAACGGAGAGCAGUGCGCCCGGGCAAACCGCAGGAAGCCAAGGGAGAGCGAGAGGAGAACGAUGAGGGGGCAUGA